AUGUCGGACGAAGCUCCAGUAAUAUCAGACAUUUCGAAAGUCGAAGCUGCUCUUCCGGAGAAAUCCGCUGGCGGAGACGGACCAGGUUAGUAUUUUGAAAAAUAAACAUUUUAAAAAUCAUUGUUUUGGCGUUGGCGUAAUAAUGUCAUAGGAACAUUUGACGUUAUUCAUUUCGUGUUUUUUCAUUCCUGUUGGGUUUUCUAUCUUUUCGAUAAAAUCCCGAUAGAGUGGUGUCUCUCAAUACAGAUAUUUAUGUCGAAAAUAAAAAAAAACUUGAAUUAACAAACACUUUAAUAAAAAAUUCCAGUCGCCGAAGCAGCCGCACAAAAUGGCAACGAAGUUGUUAUUCCACCAAAUAAUCCAGCUGGAGAAGAACCACCGAAACAAGCGGAGCCAGAACAACCAGCAGAAGAAGCUCCUGCUGCUCCAGCCGCUGAGCCAGCCGCUGAGCCAGAAGCUGCCGCACAGCCAGCUGAAGAACCUACAGCUGAAGUCGUUGCUGAGAAAGCUGAAACUGUAGAAGAACCAAAGGUAGCCGCAGUAGAGCCAGCUGUCGCUGAACCAGAAGUUCCAGCUGCUGCCGAGGAAGCUCCUAAAGUAGAAGAAGAAAAAGCAGCACCAGUUGCAGCUGAGCCAGAACCAGAAGCUGCAGCUGAAGCUCCAGCAGCAGAAGAAAAAGAAGCAGAAAAAUCAGAAGAACCAGAGAGCAAAAUGGAAAUUGAUGAAGAAGCUGGAGAGGAAGCUGCUGAUCCAGAAGCUGACACUUCAGUAGCUCCAGUAGCAACACCAUCAGGACGUGGCCGAGGCAGAGGCAGAGGUAAUUGUUUUUGACAAUACACAUCCGCUCAAGCAAUACAAAAAUUAGCAAAAUUCUGAUCAAAACGGAGCACCCAAGUUGAUAAAAACAUAGGUCGUUUCAUGAAAAACUAGAUAUAGCAUGAAAAUCAGCGCAUCUAGGUGACUCCCUACUUUUCCUAUUUUUAAGAUUCCGCGAGAAAGUUAGCAGCUGCAUAGAAAAACACUCAUUAUGUGGCUAGAAAAAAGUAGAAAACACUCAUUGUGUGGCUUGACCGGGUGUUAAUAUGUGAAAUUUAAAAUAAAAAAAUAAUUUCUACAGGACGAGGAAGAGGUAGAGGAGCAACAUCAGCCGGAAGACCACCAGCGGCUGCUACAGGAACUCCAUCAAACAGAAAACCAAGAACAAAAACAGUUGUUGAAGCAGCGGAUUCAGUCGCUUCAACCAGACCACGAAGAUCAACAUCAACUAGAGUUGAUUAUGCCAACAAUGACACUAGCACUGUUUUAGCUGAAGUAGACGAUGAAAUUCCAGGAAAACUUUUCAAAAAGAAGCAAGCAGCAAAAGCCAAGAAAUAUGUAUCAGAUUCGGAUGAUGCACCAUCAGAUGACGAUGAUGUUGAUUUUGGAAAGAAGAAAAAGGGUGGAAAGAAAACUGCAAAAGGUACACCAGCAAAAGGAGCUGGAAGACCAUCAAGAGCAUCAAAGAGAACAGCAAAAUAUGCAGAAUCUGACGAUGCAAAUGAAGAUGAGGUUGAAUAUGAUGAUGGUAAUAGCGAUGCAGAGGUAUGUUUAUUGUUUUGGGGAUUUUUUGAAUUGAAAAUAAAUAGUUUAUUUUCAAAAAAAUUAUUUUUUUUGUUAUAGAAAAAUUUUAGUUUAUAUUUUAAUUUUCCCCAACAGUUUAUUAAAACGAAUAUACUCAUUUUUUUGAAGAUAUUCCUGAAAUUAAAGUUUCCUCGAGGUUCACGGUUGUUUUAAAAAAGUACUGAUUCUCCAUUGUUUCAGGUUUCUCCUAAAAAACGAAAGACAGAUGGUCCAAUUCCACCACGACAACGAGAAGCUGCUGCAGCAGCUGCAGCCGCUGAAGAUGCUGAAGAAUAA